AUGUCUGACGCCAACAGGCAAAGGUCAAUGAGAUGGAACGCCGAGCCCUUGUGGCGGAGGCUCGGAAUGAGAAGACCGAGUCGACGGAAUGGCUGGAGGACAAGUACAGGGAUAUGGAGACGAGAGCGUUGCAGGCGGAAAGGAGAGCGUUGGAUGCGGGAAAGAGGGCGUUGGAUGCGGAGAGGAAGUUGGCCGUGCUUGAAGAGGCUCGACUCCGGGGGAAGGUUGAAGAGGCGGCUAAAGUGCAGCCAUUAA